AUGGCAAACAUUUUCUUUUAUUUCAGAUGGUUGUAUUUGGAGCCAAUUCUUUCUAACGAUGAUGGAGAAUUGGGUGUUAAGUUUCGGAAAGUAGAUAACGGUUUUAGGCAAGUUACACGUGUUUUAGAAUCAGAUCCUAGAUUAUCUGCACUCUUACAGUCAUCGAGACUUCAGCCGAUGCUUGACUCCAUAUCCGAUCAACUUCUAGCUUGCCAGUCAGCUCUUAACCAGUACAUUGAUGAGAAAAGAUCAAUAUUUCCCAGGCUCUACUUCCUCAGUGACGACGAUUUGCUAGAAUUACUGGGCCAAGCACGAGGUGGUGCUGAUGGCAGGGAUGCGGUUAUACAAAGUCAUCUCAAGAAACUAUUCCCAGGAAUUAUAGGAGCGCGCCUUGGACCGGGCGAUAUGUCUAUUACGGCACUUUGUAGUCAUUUCGAAGAAACAUUACAAUUGGAGCAUCCUGUCGACAUCGAUUGCCCUGUUGAGGUAUGGCUCAAGAAUCUAGAAAUUGAGAUGCGUUCGUCACUUAAAAACAUGACGCUAAAAUGCAUAGUAACAAAUUCGCUGCAAGAGCAGGAUCCAUUUUCGUUGCCCACGCAAAUUCUCUGCCUAGCACAAAACAUACGCUUUACAGAGCAAGCUGACAAGGCUAUAACGUCUAAAGAACUUCAUAAGUUAAAGGCUAAUGUUGAAAAGGAGAAGUCGUACUAUGCCUCAGCUGAAAUAGACGAUGAAGGUGAACGACGGAAACGGCAGGCGCUCAUAUUGCAAUGCGCUCAUUAUUUGUCGGUCAUCAAGAUUUUGAUAGACAAUAACAUCGUGUCCACUGGCGACUGGCUGUGGCAAAAACAAUUAAGAUUUUAUUUACUCAGCAACAAAGAAGUGGUCGCUAAAAUGGGGCUAGCUCAAAUAUCAUAUUCGUACGAGUACCUGGGGAUCAACACGGGACAGUUUGUGCGCACCGAACUAGCUGACGAUUGCUUCUUCAUUUUAACACAGGCUCUUCAUCUCGGUUUCGUGGGCAAUCCAUUUGGACCGGCAGGAACUGGCAAAACGGAAUCUGUAAAAGCACUCGGAGGAUUAGUGGGUCGACUAGUUCUAAUCUUCAACUGUGAUGAGGCAAUGGACUCCGAAUGUAUGGGACGCUUAUUAAGCGGUAUAGCACUUUGUGGUGCUUGGGGUUGCUUUGAUGAAUUUAAUCGUCUAACAGCGCAUACUCUGUCGGUUGUCUCGCAUCAGUUCGCCUCACUACUUGCGGCCAUUGCCGACCGAACCCCUGGCACAGAGCCUACUGCAGUUCUCAAUGGAAAACAUAUCACAGUAUCCGAGUGGUGUGGAGUAGCAGCUACGCUGAACCCUGCAGGGCGCGGGUACGGCGGGCGGCGCGAGCUGCCGGCCGCGCUGCAGCGCCUCCUGCGGCCCAUCGCGAUGCUGCAGCCACCACAUACUGAAGUGGCUGCUCAUUUACUAGCAGCCAACUGUGUUCCUGAUUCACAAAUAUUGGCUACGGACCUGAAUAAUGUUUUCACACUUGCGAGCUCGCUGCUGAGCUCGCAGCGCCACUACGACUGGGGCCUGCGCGCCUUGAAGGCCGCAGUGGGCAGCUGCGCGAGCGCGCUCGAGCCGCGCGCCGCCGCCGCCUUUGACUUGCGCCGGCGCCGCUCCGCAGCCAGGCACGUGCUCACGCUCAACAAUAUGUCCAAGCUUACACGCCAUGACGCACUCAGGUUCGAAAAUAUAUUAUCGCUAGUGUUUAACGACGUGCCAGUAGAGGAAUCAAGUUCAGACUCGAUCAAUGCUUCUCUUGAAGCUAUCGUGGACAGUCUCAAGCUUGUACAGAACAAAUUACAGAUACAAAAAUGUAUGGAGUUAUAUGAACAACUUCAACAACGUAUGGGAGUGGUAAUCGUUGGACCACCAGGAUCAGGAAAGACCACCAUUAGGCGCUUACUGAAAUCCGCUUUAGCCCACCAAGGCAAGAACGUGGUGGAGUAUAUAAUAUGCCCGAAGGCGAUGAGUCGCGACUGGCUGCUCGGCAACAUCGACCACGAUACUCGGCAAUGGACCGAUGGCGUGAUAUCUUCCACGGCGCUCGAAAUAUCUAAUCAACCAUCCGAUGUUUGGUCAUGGGUGGUGUGCGAUGGUGACAUCGACCCCGAAUGGAUAGAAGCACUAAACUCUGUGUUGGACGAUAACCGUUUACUCACCUUACCGUCUGGCUGGCGCAUACAGUUCGGUACUAACGUCAAUUUUCUGUUCGAAACUCAUAGCUUGGAACACGCUUCGCCUGCCACGGUAUCACGGAUGGGAAUUAUACUACUCAGUGAUGACGUCAGCUGUGACCUAGAUGUUCUAUCAAAUUGGAUGCAAAGGGCUGACUUCGAGAACGAAGAUGCAAAAAUGGCGAUGCCUCUAUUACAGCAAGCUGUGAAAAAAUGUCUCCAUUGGCUCUCUGAACACAGACCCGAACUUACGACGAAGAUAUACAAUAUUAACGUGGUAAACAAAAUUUUAACACAAUUCGAAUACAUAGCUCAAGACACCACUCGAUUCACGGCAGAAGAAAUGGUGUGCCUUGCGAUAGAACGAAGCGUUGUCGAUAUAUUAAAAGAUAAAGGCGUCAGCAGUUUCCAGGAAGAGAUGUCAUCAAUUCUCGGCCCACCGGUUACUACAGCUGUACCCUUAAUGGAAUGGGUCUCAGACAAUUUAUUAAUGUCAAGACGUUUAAGCGCGAUAGAGCCCGUGGUGCGCGCUUGUCUUAUGUCAAAUACUGCGCAUCUGCUUAUCGUGGGUCCUGAUGCCAGCGCUAAAAAUAUUUUGGCAGAGUAUUUGGCAAGGGAGUGCAACUCAACAUUAAUAACCAUCGAUUGUACGCCAAUAUUGGAGCCAGCUCAUAUUAUUGCUGAAUUGAAAAGGAACAACUUGGCGUCUAGCGGCAGUCGCAGCGCGAGCCGCGGCGCGGGUGGCACGCUGCUGGUGCGCGCUCUGCACCGCGCGCGCGCUGACUCCUGGCACUCCACUCCCGUUCACUCCUUCUUACUGCAGUUGAUUCAACACGCGGGGUUCUGGUCGCGAGGCAGCGAGGAGGAAGGCGGUGCUAUCGAGUGGUGGCGGCUGGCGCCCGUGCGCGUGCUCGCCACCGCCACGCGCCUCGCCGCGCUCGACCAGCGACUCGCUACUGCACUCAUACCCGUCAUCAUAAGGGAACCAGACGACGAGGAAUUGUCUGAAAUAUCAACGAACUAUCUUAAGUCCAGCAUCGGCAAGACUAUUUCUUCAAAUGAUUUACCUAACCUGGCUGAUAAACUGUUAGCAAUGUAUAAAGAGACAACAGAAACUUUCGACACCCACUCACAUUACAAGUGGAACGCGUCACAUUUGAAGAAGCUAUGUGAAAAUGUCAAAUGGUACUCACCUGCUAACAUGGAACAACUUCUUAUGGCGAUCGGUGCAGAAGCCAACUUUAUAUUCAGGGAAAGGCUAGUAUCAGAUGAAGAGAAAACAUUAUUUGACUCGAUAUGCAGAAAACAUUUGAAAGUGAACAGUGAAACUAUGCAUUUCGCCUACAAACUUAGAGGAGACGGUGUUUAUUUAGAACACACCAAUUAUAACGAUUGGUAUCAAAGGACGGAGAAACUUAUCAAUCAAUGUCUGUCAGAACACGAGCAGAAUGUUUUCGGUGAAAGCGGAGCUGAGGUUUGUUCGGAGUUAUCCGUGUUAUGUCCGGCGAUAGCGCGAGCGAUCAAUGGUGGUCUAUUGGUUUGCGUUGGAUGCGCGGGCGUUGGUCGUCUAGCGGCUGCAUACAUCAUAGCUGCUGCGCUACCAGCCACGCUUUUCGUCAUUAAAAAUGAAGCGCAUUUCAACAAUGUCUUCAAAAACGCGUUGUCGUCCGCGGCGGAGGGCUCGCGCUCGCUUGUGCUAGUGGGAGCGGGGGGCGCGACGGGCGCGGGCACGCUGAGCGCGCUCGAAGCGCUGCGGCGCGCGCGCUCGCUCAGCGCGCUGCCCGCAAACUUGCUCCCCGCCAGCACCAACCGUGACUCCAACACUAUCAACAACAUAAAAUCAAACCUCGGAAUUGUAGUGUGCUUAGACAAAAGUCAAGAAAACCUCUCAGAGUUGAUGAACAAUUACCCACUGCUUUACAACGAUGGAAAUAUUGUGUGGAUAGAACGUUGGUCAGACGAGACCUUGCGUGCAAUGCCACGUCUGGUCGUGCAAAGGUUACUGAAAGAAAACGCUGUUGAGGUAUCGAAGGAACAACUAGAUUCGUUGCCUGUUAACGGUUUUGUAAAUAUACACAAAAGUAUAGGUGUGGAGUGGAAACGCGCCCCGUGUAGAUACGUUUGUUUUGUGAAGACGUACUACAAUAUUAUUAGCAGGAAGAAAACCGCGCUGUUGCAGAGACAAGUUAUGUUAUCGGCUGGUGUGGAAGCUCUGAGACGGGCGCGUACCGACGUAGCGCGCCUGCAGACGGAGGCGGCGCAGCAGGAAGUGGCUCUACGGGAGAAACAGGCUCAAGCCGCGCAUGCGCUACAACAGAUCAGCGCCACUGUCCGCUCCAACACCGAACAGAAGGAUGAGAUGCAAACGCUCAAGAGAAAUAUAGAGAUUGAGAACGAGAAGUUGCAGACGCAGAAAAAAGAAAUAGAAGCAGAAUUAGCUGCUGUUGAACCAGUAAUUGCUGCGGCACGAUCCGCAGUGGGCGAUAUACGACCAGAAUCGUUAAGCGAGGUCCGGUCGCUGAGAGCACCGCCGGAGGUGGUGCGGGACGUACUUGAAGGGGUACUGCGGCUCAUGGGCAUCGCUGACACUUCGUGGCAUUCUAUGAAGAACUUCUUAUCUAAGCGGGGUGUUAAGGAAGAUAUUAGGUGCAUGGAUGCUAGUCAGAUCAGCCCAUCGGCAUUAGCAAGCGUGCAGAAACUGCUGGAAACGCGUGGUUCAUCGUUCGAGGCGGCUACGGCCAAGCGAGCGAGUGCUGCGUGCGCGCCACUGGCGGCCUGGGUCCGCGCCAACCUGCACUACGCUGCAGCGCUGCAGCGGGUGCAGCCGCUGCAGACAUAUCAAGCGAAAUUGCACAAGAAUCUUAAGGAUGCCGAACAACAAAUGGCAGCACUGUCGACGGGUCUAGCUACGGUCGAGGAACGUGUGGCAGCUCUCGAGGCGCAGUUAGGACAACACACGAGGGAUGCGGCCGCGCUCGAGCUCAAGCUGACGAACGCUAAUAACACUAUCACGGCCGCCACCAGCCUGCUCGGACAACUGGCGCAUGAAUACACCACUUGGGAACAGGAUUUGGAAAACAUAUCAAUAGAAAUAUCACAAUUAACUCAGAGGUCCCUGCUCUCAGCGGCUUAUAUCGUAUACUUGCCCGAUAUAACAGAACCCCAAGCAAGGAAAUAUGUAAAACAAUGGAGCGCACUUAUAGAAUUUGAGGAUUCGUCGUUCUCAAUAAUAAAUUUCUUAUCUACAACUGAGAAGCAGCUAAAAUGGGAGGCCGAUGGUCUCCCUUCAGACAGUUCUGCUAUUAAAAAUGCUGUUUUAAUUGACCAGUAUUUGGAGACUCAUAAAUGCGGUUUUACUCCGUUGAUCGUGGAUCCCGACGGUGAAGGCUUAACUUGGCUAAAGAACACUCUCUCCGAGACCAAUUGUGACUUUGUAGCACAACGCAGUGAGAAGUUGAUGACUGCAAUUCAAUACGCCUCAAGAUUAUCUCGUACGCUGGUGAUCAGCGAGGUGGACGGUGGCGCGGAGUUCAGCGGCGCGGGCGCGCGGCUCGUGCUGCAGGCGCGCGCCGCGCCCCCCCUCGCGCCGCACGCGGCCGCCACGCUCUCACCGCUCUACUUUACGCACACGCUGCACGCGCUCACCGAUCAAUUGAUUCACUAUACAUUACAACAACAGAAUCCUGAAGUAGAUGCGAAAUCCAGAGAAAUCAAGCUUAAAAAGGCUACUCUACAGAAACAACAACAUGAAUUACAGGAGAACUUACUUCGCGAGCUUUCAAACAAGGGUGACAUUUUACAAGACGCGGGUUUCUUGGCCUCACUGAGCAAAACGCGUGCGACUAACGAAACCAUCGCAGAAGCGCUAGCGGAAGCGAGAGAAAUCGAGCGAGUUACUCGAGCGGCAUCCCAAGCGUUCCAACCGUCAGCGCAACACGCCGCGACACUAGCACUCGCCACCAAUGAGUUGGCCACCCGCUGGCCGCUCGCAGAAAUGCCUGUGGAUUUCGUGCAAGAUGCCUUUGUUGACGCUAUUAGGAAACAACCCGAUCAAGAUAAAAUAAAUAAUGAGGAGGUAACAAAAUAUUUAACAAGGAAAUUAGUUGAGAGGGUACUGUUAAGUCUACACAAAAAAGAUAAAUACAUCGUUGUUUUAUAUCUCCUGAAACAAGUCUAUGAUGAUCAGAUAACCAACGAGCUAUGGCAACAUUUUAUUGGUAACUACGACUUAGUGGAAGAUACCGUAAGUCUUAAAGAUAUAAAAAGCAAACACACCUGGCUACCGGAAGACUGCGCCAAGAAAAUUUUGAAACUUAAGAUUAUGAACGAAGACUUAUAUAACAGGAUGUCUCUAGACAAUGAAAGCUUUUGGACGGAGUUCCUUCGGUCAGGGGAUAUAAAUGUAAUAAGCAAAUUAAAAUUGAGCGCAUUUGAGGGUGUGGUAGUUGUAGCAUCGACACGGCCCGACAGCGCUUACAGAGCCAUCGCUGCUUUUGUGGACCAAAUGUUGGGCGCCGGCGUGAUGCAGGGAACGGAGCGCGUGGAGCGGGCGCUAGCGUGCGCGGCGCGGCGAAGUCGCGCGCCCCGCCCCGUGCUGCUGCUGGCGGCGCACGCGCACGACGCUCUCGCCGCAGCCGCCAGCGGCCGGCUACUCACACAUGUGGGUAUCGACGAAGGCACACAUGCGUGGGAAGCGGCGCUGGAAUCCUCUCGCAGCAGCGGAUGGCUCGCCAUAGUUGUGGGCGCUUCGCCAUUUACGCACCAUUUACAAACUUUCAUCACUUCAUACCUCGAAUCACCGGCUGAACAAUACAACCAUGAGUUUAGACUGUGGAUCCUGUCAGAAGAUCGCGAUAUACCAUCUCUCAUAUCAAAUGCUUGUGUCAAUGUCAUACUCGAGUCCCCGGAGGGUGUAAAGAACAAUGUGAUGGGUACUUUGUCAGCGUGGGGGAAUUAUUCAGCGGAUGUGAACUCGGUGCGAUUGCACGCUGCAUUGGCGCUGUUCCACGCGCUCGUGCAGGAACGACGCGCGUACAUCCCACAAGGCUGGUCGCGCUGGUACGCGUGGGAGUGGGGCGAGGCGCUGGCGGGGGCGCGCGCGCUGCGCGGCGGCGCGGGCGGGCGCCUGUGCGGCGCGCUAUACGCGGCGCGCCUGUGCGCGCCGGCCGACGGACGCAUCCUGGCCGCGCUGCAGCUCCGCUACCUCGCCGAGGGCGUGCUGGCGCCGCGCUGGAAGCCUGCCUGUCUGUCGCACCCCCUGCCCGCGUCCACUGACUUGCAGGAGUACGUAGUGGCGUUUGACAGUUUACCCAACAUUGACACACCAGCGCUUCUGUCUCUGCCGGCAAACUGUCGCAUUGCCUGGGAAAAAAAUACUGCCAAUGGCAUAAUUAGUACGCUAAAAGAGUUAAAUUCUACCGUCCGCGCCAACAACAAGAAUGACACCAUCACACCAUUAAAGUCUUUACUUUCCUUAUGGAAAAAGUUGAUGUCAGGAAGCCCGUUUAUAAAAGGAGAUUACCAAAGUGAAAAGUCGGGGUCGGGCUGGUGGUGGGCGGUGUGUGAGGGCGAGGCGCAGGACGUGGCGCGCGCCGCUCGCGCCGUGCACGUGUCGCUGGCCAGGGGCGCGCACGGACACCACCAGCCCAUACAUCAUGCGAGCGAAGAGUGGCAACUGUUGUGGAGCGGGCCGGCCGAGGCGGACGCAUACGUACGAGAGCUGGGCGAGCGAGCGCGGGCCGCGCUCUUUAGGAUCGACGUCACCAACAUGGCGCCCGACUACAUGCCCACAGAGAUAGACUUGCGCUCAUUCGUUCGCCCGUCGCGAGUAGUGUGGGCGCUCCGUGUACGUGCGGCUGCCAAACAUGGCUGUCCUAUACACGCGCUAGUGCUCUCAGUCAAGUGGGACUGUUCCGCGGAGGAGGGUGGUGAUGGUGUGGUGGUGGUGGGGCUGCGCGUGACGGGCGCAGAGUGGCGGGACGCGGCUCUGUCGCCCGCCGCUGCCACCGCCCCGCCGCACCUGCCCGCGCCGCCGCUGCGCCUGCGAUACGUUCCGCAGCAAAGUGAGAGCGCAGUGGUGUCCGAGAGUAGCGUGGAGGUGCCGGUGUACACGAGCGUGGCGCGCGCGGAGUUGGUUCUGAGCGCGCGCGCGCCGCUGGCGCCGCACUGGGACGCGCACAGCGCCGCGCUGCAUGCGCCCGCGCUCUUCCUCGCGCCCUACCACUAA